ACCAUUUGUUUGAAUGGAAAAAAAGAAUCAAUUCAACCCCAUAUGCUACGGUAACCCAAUAAUACAUUCUCUCUUUAGCACGCAAGUUUGUUUGUACAUUUUGCAUUAUAUAAAGCAUUUAUCAUACAAGUACAUACUUCACAAGUUCAAAAGUAUAUUGUCCCUUUACUUAAAUUUUUCCUGGAUCCGAAUCCAAGAAAUGGUGUUUCUGUUGAAACCCCUGUUCCUCUCCGCUGCCUUCUUGUUUUUACUACACCUUAUAACGGCUGAGCACGAGGCCGAGCUCGGCAUUAAUUCGACCAGCGCCACCGCUCGUAAGCUUGCUAGUGGCUGCAAUAUUUUUCGAGGCAAAUGGGUUUAUGAUGCCUCAUAUCCUCUUUAUGAUUUCUCAAAGUGUCCCUUCAUAGAUGAUCAAUUCAAUUGCCAAAAGUUUAAAAGACCUGAUCAAACCUAUCUCAAAUAUAGAUGGCAGCCUUUCUCGUGUAACCUCCAAAGGUUUAAUGGGGUGAAAUUCUUGGAGAGAUGGAGAGGGAAGAAAAUAAUGUUUGUAGGUGACUCACUGAGUCAGAACAUGUGGCUGUCAUUGAGUUGCAUGAUUCAUUCAUGGGUACCAAAUUCUAGAACUGCAGUCGUAAGAGGAGAAGUAAUUUCUGGAGUUACAUUCCUGGUAAGUUUCAAUUACAAUUCUUGCCAUGCACUUUUCACAUUUUUUGGCUUGGUAGGUGGGAUGGGGUUGGCCAUGGGUUGAACUACAAAUUAAAUUUAGCUCCCGAUUUGGAUAGAAAAAUCAGAUUUUUUAAGUAGAUUUCGAUAAAAAUUGAUGAAAUAUGUGAUUAAAAAGUCUUGUGUUCAAUGGAAUAUGCGACUUUUCUGAAAGUUAAACACUUACUUUUAUCAAGUUGCUAACUGGCAGACAUUUAGAAGGCUGCACUAUUCUCAAUUAUAAUUGCUUUUCCCUUUUUACUUUUACGUGGAAAAAUUGUAUCAAACAUCAAGAAGAGUAGCUUAUAAAGUGAUUUGAAGUGCUACUCAUCAAACUUUCUUUUUUAUUCGAAAUGAGAAGUGAAAUUUACUCAAUAAUCGAUGUAGAGAUCUUUCUAGUCAAAUAUUUCAUUAAAAUAAUUAACAAAAUUUAAUUGAAUGAGAAAAUUGUAACAAAAGUCAAGCUUCAACGAUCAUUUUCAAUUAAAUUGAAUUUGGAUAACUAAUUAUAAGUUGAUUGACUAAUGAGGUUUUUGAUCACUAUAUUAUGUCGUUUGAAUCUGCAUCUAUACUUCUAAUAUAUUGAAUCAUACAGAUUUGAAGUGCUACUCAUAUAUUUUUUAAAUUUUCUCGUUCUUAUUUCGAAUAAUGUGUACACUCAUUUUGACAAUCCACUCAUGCGAGUGGGCCUUCAAUUAUUUUAAUCGUGAGGUCCACUCGUGUGAUGUAAAAGGACCGUAAAAAAUGAUGUAAAAAGUGUUGUAU